CACGAGAGUGUACGUGCAUUUUUAGUAUUUUUUUUUAAGGGUUUUUGGGUUUUUAUACCUGAUUCACAAUUAACUAAAUAAGGCUUCUCGCAGUUCAUGGUGUCAACAAGCACUCGCUUCGUAAGUAUUUAAAUGCCUAACACGCAUUGAUAUCAAACUAAAGUGUACCUCACAUUUAACUUCCUAUAUAGAGUUAAUAAUCAUUCGUCCAUAAUGAGCGUUGAACUACUUGAGUCCGCCAAGAAACAGGCUGCAUUUGCCGCAGUCGACGAGUUUGUUACGGCUGAUACCAAGUUCGUUGGGGUUGGUUCAGGCUCGACCGUUGUGUAUGCCGUUGAACGCCUUAACGAGAAGGCUAAGGCCAGUCAAAAGCCUCUGCACUGUGUUCCCACGAGUUUCCAAGCUCGCCAAUUGAUCACAGCCGCCGAUUCGCUCAUCCUCAGUGAUUUGGAGUCGUGUCCGUUGCUGGACGUCUGCAUCGAUGGGUCGGAUGAGUGCGACGCAGACCUGAAUUGCAUCAAAGGCGGCGGAGGAUGUCUGACGCAGGAGAAGAUUGUGGCGUACAACUCCAAACAGUUUGUGGUCAUUGCGGACUACCGCAAGGACAGCACAGUCCUAGGACACAGCUGGCGCCUGGGAGUGCCCAUCGAAGUGAUUCCCUUCGCGUACACGGCUGUGUCGAAUGACAUCAAACGUCUGGGCGGAACACCCGUUCUGCGCAUGGCAAAGGCAAAGGCCGGCCCUCUGGUGACUGACAAUGGCAUGUUCAUCAUUGAUGCUGAUUGGGGUGACAUUCAAGACCCAGCUGCGUUGCAUCAGUCGCUGAUAGUUAUUCCUGGAGUGGUAGAGACUGGUCUUUUCUGUGACAUGGCCAAAGUCGCGUUCUUUGGUCAGGCCGAUGGUACCGUAGUGCGCAAGACGGCGCAAUAAAUACAAUUAAUAUCUGUAUUAAUCAUAGCAAGUAAACUAAUUAAUCAACCUACGCAAUAAAUACAAUUAAUCCCGG